AUGGUAUUCGGCGCGAAAUGGGUUCAGCAAAAGCUCGGGGUGGAUGGCGAAGGGAUCAAGUUUGUCCUCCCUCAUGCUCCUGUGGGCAUUGUCACGGGAAACAGAAACGCUCGAAUGAACACCUGGUUCGAUUGUUACUCCUUCGACAUCGAGAAUCGCGCAGAAGACGAAGAAGGGCUUUACAGAUCCGCCAAAUGGAUAAACACACUGAUUGAUAUCGAGGAGCGCGAGUGUAAGAUCCCGUCUCAUCGGAUCAUCGUUGGAGGAUUCAGUCAGGGAGGGGCGGUCGCUUGGAUGACUGGGUUGACUACCAAGAGGAAGCUGGCGGGGCUGUUCAUCUUGAGUAGUUAUGUUCCCUUGAGGAGGAAGGUUGAAGAGUUUGCCUCGCCUAUCUCAAAGACGCUGCCGAUAUGGUGGGGCCACGGAACCCACGACGCCCAAGUCCAGUACGAGUUCAGCAUGUACUCUGCCCAGAAGGUGGCUUCGGAUGUGGGCAUCGAGUUUGUCAGAUCGAAGGAGCCUCUCACUCCUCAGGAUGCGAAGGAGGAUAAAGAGAAGGUCAGGCUGAGGUUUGCCUCUUACGAGGAGUUGGGACACUGGUUCGACGAUCAAGAGUUGAAUGAUCUGGCGGUGUGGAUGAAGACAGUGCUGUCAGGCUCUGAUUAA